CUUAAAUAUAUUCCAAAACAUGCAUGUGCUCAUAAAAUCAUGAGACUUGACAGAGGUGACAUUGAAUGCUGUGUAUGUUCUUUCUUUUAAUGUGACGUGUAAAAAUGGAUUUGUGGCUCAAAUGAAGGAUGAGACACAAGGCUUCGCUGGAAAAGUGGGCCCAGUAAGUCUAUGAAAGGUUCCCAAAUCACAAUAAUAGAUCUUAUUCUGAGAAGUCACUCCUAUAGUCUAACCCCAUGUCAGUGGCACCAGUACCUGUUACAACAUCUGCCAAGGAGGAAAUCUCUGGCAGUGGGGACUCCCCAGAGGUGGAAUGCCCAGUGUGCUACCAGGAAUAUGAUCAAGAUCGCAAGCUCCCACGUAUGCUGGAAUGCCUCCAUGUCUUCUGCACAGAAUGCCUCCAUAACAUCCAGCUGUCCCCUGUCCACCCACCUGACCCCAACAGCCCUCCUUCAAUCUCCUGUCCCUUGUGUCGCCACUCCACUCCACUAGAAGGUGGUGAUGCACACACCCUCCCUUGCAACUCCCGUAUCCUUGCACAGCUACCUCCUGUGACUUUUCGCCUGCCUGUGUCAGUUUCCACUCGGCUGGCUACUGUCACUCAGAGGGUGAUCCUGUCUUUGGAAUCACGGGAUGCUCGCUUUAUUAUUUUACCCACAGUCAGCCUACGGGUGGAGCAGAUGGGCGAAGGCUCAAGCACCAUUGCACCUGAGUCCAUAGCAGGUACAGUAGAGGGGUUGAGGAGGAGGAAGAGCCUGAUGUGUGUUCAGAUGUUGGUUGUGAUAUUCUGGAUGCUUUUUGUCCUGGCCUGCGUGCUGGGAGUGCUGUUUGGGCCUAAUUUGUUUCACAACUGAAAAACAAGAACAAAAAUCAUGGUAUAAAAAAAAUGACUGUAUCAUAUGCAAUUAAAUGUUUAAUCAGCAAAAUAAUGCAGAUAAACAUAUGAAACCUCAAGAUCUAUGGUAUAUCGUGUGUGUGUGUGU